AUGCAGGAACCUACCUAUGACCCUAGCCGCCCCAUGCCGGCCCUUCAGAUCGCUUACUCCUAUCGUCUUGUUGGCAUCCCAAAUAAAUCAAUCGUCAGCCUACGCGUCGAAUUCCCUCCCAAUGGCUCGACUCCUCCUCACCGACACGGCGGCGCCAAUGUCGGAGCAUACGUUCUCAAGGGCACCCUUCUGAACAAGAUGAAUAAAGACCCGAUGAAGACAAUCCCAGAAGGAGGAAGCUGGUUCGAGGCACCUGGAUGCUACCAUCGCAUCAGUGACAAUGCAAGCAAGACCGAGCCGGCAACCUUGAUUGCAACCAUGAUCACGGAUACCGAUGUCUUUGAGAGGGAUGGUAUGGCUGCUCUUAUUCAGAUUGAUGAGGAGUUUAGACCUGCCGCAUGA